GCAACUUGUUACAUAUUUGACCCCAACGUCUUCAUAUAUAAAGCGGCACAUUUCUCUCCUCAAGAUACUUUGUGAGCUCCUGAAGCAACACAAUGAGAAGAGCUGCUUUAUUUCUGCUGCUGGCUGCAGUGCUGGCCAAUGGAAAAGAGGCACGCUGGGAGAACGGCUAUGAUGAGAAUCUAAGUUUCGCCUGUCUUCCAGGACAGUCAUUAUCCUACGUCAAAAGCCAACAUAGCAACAGCAAUGAGGACAGAAUGUGGGAGUUUGGCUGUAAACCCACCUUUGAUGCCAGCACUGAAUGUUUUUGGUCACCUUAUGCGAAUGACUUUGACCAGCAAUUCACCUUUGAAUGUCCACCAAACCACGUCAUGGCGGGAAUGAGCAGCUAUCAUAGCAACAAACACGAGGACAGGCGGUGGCAGUUUUACUGUUGUAGAAGUAAUGGGUAUUGUAAUGCAGACUGUCAGUGGACUACGUAUGUGAACUGGUUUGAUGAAGCCUUCCAUUGGACCGUACCCAACAUGAAUUAUCUGGUAGGCACUGACAGCUACCACGAAAAUAAACACGAAGACCGGCGCUGGAAGUACAUGUUCUGCUUACAAAGAAAAUGCUGAGAUUGUCACACAUUUCCACAAACUUUCAAUAGUUAAAUAAAAAUGAAAAAAAGA